AUGCUUAGAAAUUGUUUGUCACGUGGUGUCUUCGUUCGGCGGUUUGGCACGCCAGCUCCAAAGGUGUACCAGCUAGAGGAGAUCCGCCGGCUAGUGCGGCAGCCGGCGGCAGACAAGGUGCUCGUGGACGUGCGGGAGCCCGCGGAGCUGCGCGAGUGCAAGCUACCGAACGCGAUCAACCUGCCGCUGAAGACGUACCCCGCGGCGCUCUCGCUGUCGGAGGAGGAGUUCAAGAAGGUGUUCGGAAUCGACAAGCCGUCGCCCGAGAAGGAGCUGAUCUUCUUCUGCCAGGCGGGCGUGCGGGCCGAGGCCGCGCAGGACCUGGCCAACUCGUACGGCUACGAGAAGACGGCGGUGUGGCCGGGGUCGAUGAAGGAGUGGCUGGCGCACGGCGGCGGCGAGAAUGUAUAG